UUCAUUUUUCGUUACUUAGGUAGUCGUGACAUUUUGUUAUCGAUACUAAUUAGUUGAUGGCAUCGCCUGAAAUUGAUUAUCCCAGGUUAUCCUCGGGUUCUGAAUCUUUUGGUGGAUGCUUUAACAUACGAAUAGAAGGAGAAGACUCGAGACACACUUUGGAUUUUCAUGAAGAUCGAAAGUGUCCAGUUUAUAAUGCACGUAAUAUCCCAGAGCCUCCACCUCCUCCUGGUAAAAUCUGUUUGAAAUCCAUUACUCAUGAAAGAGGACAUGGUAAGUCUGAUCGUGUCCCUAAUGAAACUCGAGAUACAUGGGACAAGCUUUUUAAAGAUGGAUAUGGAGCAGAUGUACAUAUAAGUACUGAUAAUGGAUCAUUUAUUCUUGCUCAUUCUACUCUUUUGAGGAUUGCCUCGCCGAUACUGGGUAAUCUUCUACAGCAAUCCAAAGUAAAAAAUGGUAUCAGAUCCAUAAAGAUUCUUGGGGUUCCCCAUGAUGCUGUCUUUAUAUUCAUUCGUUUCCUCUACUCAGCCUGUUAUGAAGAAAGAGAAAUGAAGAAGUUUGUUCUUCAUCUGUUAGUCUUAUCACAUUCUUAUUCAGUACCAUCACUUAAAAGAGUCUGCAUACACCUUUUGGAGCAGGGUUGGUUGAGCCCUGAAAAUGUGAUAGAUGUGCUUCAGUUAGGAAGGAACUGUGAUGUACCACGACUUAUUGUUGUUUGUAUUCGUAUGAUAGUGAGGAACUUCAUAACCAUAUCAUCCUCCGAGGGAUGGGAAGUGAUGAGACGUGCUAACCCUAUGCUUGAACAAGAACUUGUAGAAUAUGUUGUUGAUGCAGAUUCGAUAACACAGUAACAAUGUUACAACUUCCAUGAAGUAUUAGUAACAAUGACUAUCUUUCUAGCACCUAUGUGCUGACUGUUUAGUGUAGAAACAUUUGCUUCUGCAUGGUUAUUGAAACUUACUUUUGAAGCAUUUGUUAUGUCUCAAUUGUCCCUCAUUGGAUUAAAUCAAUACCUAUU